UCCAUGCCAUUCUCCACCAAUUUCCCAGCAAAAACACAAACAUAUUGGGGUCAUGGCUAUAACAUUUGAUCAUCCAUAUUCUUUCAUUACCAUUUUCCUCUUUUUCUGUCUUAUCCCGAUAACCUUUUCAAACCCGUUAUCAGAUGAUUCAGAUCAUCCAAUGACAUUCAUUGUUCACAUGGCAAAACAACACAAACCGCUUCUCUUCACCUCUCAAUUCCACUGGUACAAUUCCAUCAUAAAAUCUCUACCUCAUUCUCGUCACCCUUCCAGGCUCCUAUACACAUAUGAGAGAGUUGCUAAUGGCUUUGCCGUAAGCCUUACUCCUUCCCAAGCUGCAGAGCUUGAAAAUAUUCCUGGAGUUCUUUCUGUCAUGCCUGACGAAGCCCAAGAACUGCAUAUCACACAUACAUACCGAUUUUUAGGACUCUCCUCCGACUCUGGUCUUUGGCCUUCUUCCAACUACGGCGAAGACAUCAUCAUUGGAAUUCUCGAUACUGGGAUUUGGCCCGAGCACCGGAGCUUCUCCGAUGCAGGGUUGUCUCCGGUUCCAUCCAGUUGGAAAGGCACAUGCGAGACAUGGAAUGACUUUCCAGCUACAUCUUGUAACCGAAAAAUCAUCGGUGCAAGAUCAUUCCUUGCAGGACAUUACAUGUCUAAUUUAGUUGGAUCAACGUUAAACCUAUCAGCAAUUACAAAUUCCCCAAGAGACACAGAUGGCCACGGGACUCAUACGACUUCAACGGCUGCAGGAUCCGUGGUCUCAAACGCAAGCUUUUAUAAAUUCGCCAAAGGGAAAGCCAUAGGCAUCGCCACGAAAGCUCGCGUAGCCGUGUACAAAGUUUGCGCGACGAGAAAAGUGUGCAGAGUUGCUGACAUCUUGGCUGGCAUGGACCAAGCCGUUGCCGAUGGAGUCGACAUAAUAUCCAUGUCGAUAUCUGGCGGAACAAAACCGUACCAUCAAGACAAUAUAGCCAUUGCAACGUUUGGCGCUAUGAAAAACGGUAUUCUCGUCUCUGCCUCUGGAGGAAACAAGGGACCUACGCGCUCUACCGUCAACCAUCUCCCUCCUUGGGUACUUACCGUCGGCGCUUCCAGCGUUGAUAGGGAGUUUGUUGCCAGCGUGAUUCUUGGUACUGGUAGACCUUAUGCUGGAACAUCUCUCUAUCCUGGACCUCGUUUUCCAUUCUUGUCUCGCUAUGAACUAGUCCAUGGUGGCGAUUUUGGGAAUCCCUUUUGCAAAGUUGGUGAAUUCAACAAGCAAGACCAACUCGUUGACAAAAUCAUUGUUUGUGAACAAGACUGGGAUACUAGUAGUAGAGAUAGUGCAUAUGCGGUGGCAAAUGUUUCCGGCCGAGGAGCAAUAAUAGUGAACAAUAGAAAGCAUGGGGAAGAGCUUUUAGCUGAGCCACACCGUUGGCCGGCAACUCGGGUGGCAAUGAGUGAUGGAUAUAAAAUAAUGAAGUACCUACGGAGCGAAAAUCCUACCGCAACCAUUAAUUUCUAUGGAACGUGGAUUGCGGGUGAGUAUCCAAUUACUGCUCCAGAAGUUGCUUCCUUUUCUAGCCGUGGUCCGAACCCGCUCACUCCUCAAAUUCUCAAACCCGAUGUUAUAGCUCCCGGUCUCAACAUCUUAGCUGCUUGGAGUAACGCUAUCGGUCCAUGGGGAGAUGACGAUCCCAGACGUGUUGAGUUCAAUAUAAUCUCAGGAACUUCAAUGGCUUGUGCACAUGUUAGUGGUAUCAGUGCUUUGCUUAAAAAGGUCUACCCUACUUGGUCACCUGCUGCAAUAAAAUCUGCCCUCAUGACAACUGCUUACGAUCUCGAUAAUGAUGGACAGAGAUUACGAGAUCUCGCGGGGAAAAGGUCGACGCCUUUUGCUCAUGGUUCCGGUCAUGUGGACCCGAGUAGAGCCCUCGAUCCGGGUUUGAUAUAUGACAUGAAUGUCACUGACUAUGUCGGGUUCCUUUGCUCCAUUGGGUAUGAUUCAACACUCAUAAGCAAAUUUUUUACGGAAACGAUUAGUUCAAACAUUUGUGAAGAGACAUACGCCGCACUUGGGGGUAGAGUUACACCAGGGGAUCUGAACGUUCCAUCGUUUUCGGCGGUUUUCGAGAAUGGAGUAGAGACAGUGAAGUAUAGGAGAACUGUUACAAAUGUGGGAACCAAUGUGGAUGCUGUUUAUUCUGCGACUGCGGUUGCACCUGAGGGUACAAAGAUCACCAUUUCACCAAAUAGGCUUGUGUUCGAUGCAAAUAAUCCGACACAAACAUACGAGAUUACAUUCUCGUCGACCGGUGGGAACCGUGAUAAGUUGGCAACCUUUGGUUGGAUUCAAUGGAGCGACGGAAUUCAUAGUGUCAGGAGCACAAUUGCUUGUAGUUGGGUUCGUACAACUACCGACUAUGUAGCUUCCAUGUGAUGAACUCUUAUGAUUUGCGUCGAGCACGAAGUUGGGUUAUGAUUUUCAGGCUUGUUUAUAAAGAGGUGUGUAUAUUCAUAAAGUUUGUUUCACGUUAAAUAUAUGGUACUUAUUGAAAAAAUAAGCUAGAGCAGUACUAUUUCUUGUACUAUAUGCUCUAGGGCCUAUCGUAAUUCCAAGGGAAUUGAUGAAAGGACUUCAUUCACACUGUGUCGUGUUAACGUUGUUAAAUCUUUCAUGUUUUUGCCUUCUUUGUUGUCGUUUCUAUUUUUUGCUGAUUUGAUUUUUGAACUUGAGACUUCCCAUCAAUUAAACCACUU